UCAAUCAGAACUCGUGAAUGAUCCUAUCAGAAAAUAUUCUUUACAUUAUAAGUUGUUUGUAAAUCCAAAUUAUAAAUAUAUGGCUGUUCAGAUUUUUUUUUCUUUUUUAACCCUUGACAUUUCAUUUUAGAUUUCUUUAGUCUUUCAAAUUUGAUAGGGGAUUACGACGAUGGUAGACGUACCUACGGGGUUUUGUCCGGAACAUGUGAGCCUAUAAGGAUAAGGAAGAUUUGACGGACAUAUAAGACAUAUAGAUCUGAAUUUUUUUAAAUAAUAACUUAAAUAUGCUAAAUUCGACAUCAAACCUUAAAUUCUGAAUUUUUUUAAAGCAAUAAAUCAUGUUAUAUAAGUUGUUUUAAGUGGUGGUAAAGUUCAAAAUGUGGGAGACGAUGUCGGGCCGCAAGGGUUUGGGCUAGGGCGGGGCGAAGCGCCACCGCGAGGUGCUCCGCGAUAACAUCCGGGGGGCAUCACGAGGCCCGCGAUCUGGCGCAUCAGCGGCCUGGGAGACCCGCGGGCCCCACAACAUCAUUCUCGCUUACGUGAUCUGUGAUGCUGUCACCUACACCGAACACGCCCGGCGGAAGACCGUCACCGCCAUGGCCGUCGUGCGUGCGUGCCCCGAAAAGGCAGGGAAAGACUCUCUACGAGUAUGGCGGUUAGGGUUUCAUCACAAUUAAAAAGUCUUGCUGUCGAGAAAAGAGGAAAGAGAAAAAAAAUUGAAUUGGAGGUUGUGUGGGGAAAGAAUUUGUUGCUCCCAAGUGUUGUUGGAAUUGCUAAUCUGGGGUUUUACUUGGUUUUCUGCAUGUCGGUGCUUUUAGUUGUUGAUACUGGAAUUUUUUUUUGUAUAAAUACUGAUGUGGGAUCGAUGCUUAAUUAUUUUUGCUUCUGUUGGAUUAUAAUAACUUGUUUUGAGCUCUUUUUUUAAUAGCUGUUGCAUCUUUCUUGCAGUGCGUGCGAUGCUACCUUUGAUCUCUUAUGAUAUGUUGUCGGACACCUUCUGCUACAAGUUAUGAGGUUGUCUAUUAGGAUGUACCUGCUGUCUUUCCUUAGCUCAGUUUGCGUGAGAUCAAAACUAAAUAUAUGUUCGUGUUUGUUGAUAUGUAUGCUACUUUGGUAUGUAUCAGAAAUUUGAAAUUUAUUUCAUCCUUCAAUAUUGAGGUAAUAUUGAUAUUUAGACUUCGGACUUUAAAUGGGAUGCAUGCUUCUGUUCAUACGAUUUGACUUGUUAAACUUAUUGCAUUGGUUAUUGCUUUAAUGCUACUGCUUUAAUUAAUGGUACGACACUGGAUGAUACUUUUUCUAUUAUUUGUGGUGACAUGAUUUGAGAGGUCCAUUUUACCCCAAGCACUUCACGACCUAAUUUAUGCAUGCUUGUCAAUUCAAUUAUCGUGUUUAAUUGGAAAAUUUUAUCUUCUCAUGUAUGUGUGUCCUUUAUGUUAGUAAGAGCUUGUGGUUGUUCCAAAAUUAACAUUUUAUUUUGUGGCAGGUAAGUUUGGAUGGACUUUCCUGCAAGGCUAAUAUUGUCAUAGUAUCAUUCAGACACUUGAUCUUUUUUCUUUUACAUUGCAAUUUCUGCUUACAACUUUUCGGUGUAUUGUGAUGCAAAGAUCUUAGAAUAGGAUAUAUUAGGUUUGCUUUGGCCUUUGUUGAAUGACAAUAUAAAACAAGAUUAUGGAAAUUAUUUCUUUUAUACUUAAGUUUACAUUUUGGAUCGAGUAUUGGUGAAUGUGAGAUUUUGCUGCACCAUGUGUGCCUAGCAUACCUUACUGUGCUGAUAAAUCUAAUGAUACUCGAAAAGUUUAAACUUUUUUGGUUGCAUUGCAUAAUUUUGUUGUAUGUAUAGCCCUUUGCAAGUGUAGCUCACAGAAUGUUUCAUGACAUUUUUUAUAUGGUAAUUUAUUUGAUCUGCGAGCAAUUUAUGUUUAGAUGUCAUGUUGCAACCAUUAAUACUGGAUGCUUUUGUUACAGAGUUUGCUAUGAGUGUGGUGUAAGUUGAUUGAUUAUGCUAUCUUUCUAGUCUGAAAGUUUUGUUUUGUUUGAUGGUGCAAGAUUUGUUGGAUCCUCAUUUCAUUGGUGUCAAGGGUAAAGCUUGGUAUCAUGGUGAAACUGUAUAUCAUGAUUGAUUAAUAUUAUGCUCCUUUCCCGUUGUUCAUAGUUCCAUGUGCUGCAGGUUAUUUGCUGACUGUUUCUGAACUAGGAUGAAUUGUAUCAGUGGCUUGAUUCAUGAGGAAACUCUAGGUGUUCUUAGCAUGUUCCCCAACAAGGGUGCAGAUGGGUGGUUGGCUGGUGGGAAUUGAGAAAACUUUAUGUUUACAGUCACAAUGAUCUGACUAACUGAUUCUUGAUUUGUUAAUCUGUAAAUUAUAUUCAGAUGUUGAGGGCUUUGAAAUGCAUCAUCUUAUCUGUUUGUAUGUCUAUAUAUGUACUUAUCCAGGCUUUUGCAUAUCAACAUAGGACCACAUAUACAGGAAUAUCUACAUGAAUAUUCAUUGCUAAAUUACCACAGGAUUAGUUGAUUUCUAUAUCGUUGGAGUUUCUGAAAGUUUGAUUCAGGAUAAAAUAGCGUGGACAAAUAUAGUGCACAAGGCUUCAGAAUCCGGAGAGGAUCAAUGUAUGUAGCUUUACCCAGUUUGUUUUUGCAACACGGAAUUCUGAUCAUCCAUGUCGUUGGAGCAAAUAAAGUUUUUGGUUUCUGCUGGGAAAUGUUGGUGCACCCUGGUGCAUCAGAUGGGAGGGGUUUCUCGUAGAACACUGUUGCAACAGCCACUCAGCUUUGUGCGUUGCAAGCCGUUCUUACAACCUCCAAAAUUCAUACUCGUCAAUUCUUUGGGUUUCUUACUGAAUUGCUUGUCGUCACCAAUUUGGCCCAUCGACAGGAGAGUGAAGAAAAGCAUGCAUUGAUGUUGCUGCAGAUUGUGGAAGAAUAGGUAUGCAGUUUUCUGUAACUGGUUUCGACAAACGAUGGCAGCCAAGGUGAGCCAAUUCUGUGGUUCCAAAAGAAUUAACUAUGUCAGCUAGGAUCAAGGUUUAUUGGAUUCUGUGUUUUAUCUAUGUAUUUGAUCGAGAAGUUGUUUGGUCUUCUAGACUUGAUGGUUGCAGGUUAGCUUUAUGCUCGUCUUCUCAAUCACUCAAUCCUCGAAGUAGGACAAAGGGGCAUCUGCAUUUGGCAGGUUGCAGCACACCAGCAUCAUUAGCCGAAUCUUGCGGAGGUGUUUCCUCCAGGAAGCAACCCAGACCAGGCAUAAAAGCAUUCAUGGAGAUGCAUCUUCAAGCUGUGAUGGUGUAUUAGAUGCUGCUGCUUCAGUUUUAGAUCAUUCUAUGUUCCACUAAAGAGAACUUAAAUCCAUCAUCUGCUGGCCAGACAUAGUCUUAGGAGAUGCAAAUACAAGAAGAGAUUAAAGUUGGCCAUAAAGAUAGGUGUUCUGGUGUGCCAAUAAAAAAAAGGCUAUUUCAUUUGUCACAAUGUUCAUUUUCUCCAUCCCAAGAAAUAUGUUCAAUAUCACAUAAUUAUCAGAGGCAACCUAAUCAGUUCUCAGUUGAAGCAGAAUCUUCUGUGUCAGUAAAAGAUGCUGGUCUGCCACUGGACACAGGUACAAGUCCUAAGGACGUUGUAAAUUCUUCCUCUGCAUCAUCUGGUCAGAGGUAUGGCAGUGAUGUCCAUGCUAAUCAUGAUGACAUGGAACUCAAGAAAGCCACAAGAGCCUUCAAGGGAUCAAAUAUGGAGGAAGAUCGUAAUGCUGAUAACAGGCCAUCACUAGGCUUAGAUAUGGAUAAAGGAAAGCAGUUAUCACAGCCUGGUACAUGGGAAAUGAUUAUAGUUGACAGGACCAUGGAAGAGAAAAUUGCUACAUGUGAUGUAUCUGCAUUUAGAGGAGUUGAAACAACAUCCAUUGUGCAUUUAUCGUCAUCUAAGGAUAAUAAAUAUCAUGGUUACAACUCGUCGAAGCAAGAGAUAGUUAAAACCUGUUCUUUGGAUCUGCGUCAGACCAUGCACAAUGAAGUGGAUUCAGAGUAUGGAUCUGCUGAUCGCUGUGUGAGCAGAGAAAAUUGGGAUUUGAAUGUUCCAAUGGAGGUGUGGGAAGCCAAUUUAAAUGAUUCAGUUGUAGAACAUGCUAUGGAUCAUAGGUUAAAUCAGAGCGCUAUGCACCCGCAAAAUAUUGACAGAUGCCUCAUUCAACCUACGCUAGGCACCAUUGCGAGUGCGUCAACAUCAGGAACAUCUAUGGUCGAAAGAAGUCAAUACAAGCCAAGAUUGAGAAAUUGGAGAACACCUGCUGAUGACAAGAGGGGCUAUGAAGGUGGCUUAGACUUGCAGCUUCGACCACCUAGCAGACCAGAGUUACGCAUUAACUGGGGAAAGAUAGUCCCUUCUGAUCUUAGUCUUUCGUUGACUGGGAAUCUUUCAGAGGUAUCUUGUAGAGUUGUGAAGCCUGAACAUUGUGAGAACAGUAAUCAGAAAGUAACUGAAGUGUCUCAACAAAGUAGUCUAAAGUCAGUGGGAAUUAGGCACGUAAACUCUGAACCAUGUGAUGAAAAUGUUCAUGGUGAAGCUUCCAGUGUAGCUGUUCUCUUUGAUCAGGAAUCAUCACUAGGAAGAGUGUUGAAAUCAGAGCCACCUGAAGAACCUAAGGAAAAGCCACCAAGUUUGGAGUCGGACGACAAUCAUCAAUUAACUUGUUGUACAGACGUUUCCCCGAGUCAGGUUAAACCUGCUCUUAAUUCUAAUGCUGUGGUUGAUGCAAAUAUACUUAAUGAUAAUAACCCAGUUAUGCCUGGUAAUGCAAAAAUAGAAUCAGAUGAGAGCACUUCUCGGGCUUUAGAUCCUGGUGAGUUGUCAAGUUCCGAUGUACCUUAUAAGGCUGACGAUGUGCUUACCAACAUUUGCGCUAACCAAGGUGCAGAAGGAAACACUAGUAAAUCAGUGGAUAUUAUUGCAGACCCCAUCAUUUCUGAUGCAAAAGAAUCUAAUGCAAACAUGACUGAAAGUCGUGAAAUUGCUGAUGUGGCUUCUUCUCUGCAUCAUGAGUCUGCAAGUUAUCUUAAAGAACCCAUGACUCAUGAUGAUUUGUCUGAAGGUAGUGCUGAAAUGGACUGCUCGGACAAUGAAGAUUAUACUUCAUCAAAACUAGUUGCUGGAGAUGAUCUUCACAUGGCUACUGACAUAAACAAUGUACCAAGUGCCACAAACCAGGAAGGCUUGGGCUUACCAGCUGAGAUUCAGACAGAACAAUUCAACAGCAAUGAACAGCAGUUCGAUGCUACUUAUAAUUUAAGGUUUACAACCAAUAUAACUGUUCCUGUAGAUGGUGAUAUUGAGGUCAAAGGUGGUGAACUUGGAGAUCCUGUGCCACAAUGUGCAAGUGAGGUUUCCUGUGACCACGAGGAGAAAAGAGUACGGGGAAAUGUGCUAGAAUGGUCAAAUGAGCUUCCAUGCGAGUAUGAAAAGAAGGUACAUGAAAAUGUGACUACUGAUUUCACUGGUUCAGAUGGUCAUGCUGUCAUGAUGGAAAUACAUUCAGAUACAAAGGGCAAACAAAUAGUGUCUGAAGAGGCAAUGAGCCUUCAUAGAGAUGAAAGUUCUGAUGUCAGUAUGGGCCGUGAUAAAAAGGAGAUGAGCUCUGACCUGACAACAGUUUUGCAUGAGCCACCAGAUAAUGGAGUGGUACGAGUUUCUUCCAGUAAGAGGCUUGCUAAACCUUGUCCGGAAGCAAUAAAGAAUCACCUUGGAAAGGAGAAGAGCUCAGAGAUGAAGUCAAAUUCUAUCAGACCACCUAAUGCAAUUGCAAAAACUAUCGAGGACAAUGUAGACAGACAGCAGAUGAGAACUAGAUAUGCCAUUGCGUCUAUUAAGCAUCCGGAGCUGCCAGAGAGAGAUUCAGAUGUCAGUGGCGUUGGGAAUAAGCAUGUUGAUGAUGCAGGUAAGCAUAGCCACGAGAAGAAUGUUGACAGUAGGUGUAAGCAUAGACAGAUUACGAAGGUAAGUUCACCUACUAUUAAGUCAUUUGGCCGGAGGAAACCUAUUUCUUCUAGGUCAAUUUCAUCAGGAACCGAGGAUGGGUUGAUCAAUAAGCAGAGGCGAGACAGAAUGUUCUCUCAGAGGAGAAGGUGUUCAGAAUUUGAAAGCAAGAAGAAUCAAGAUCAGUCAACUGAUAAAUGUGAUUCUGAUUACAUGAACACUGCAAGGCACAGCAACCGGCAUUUGGAUCGGAAUUCCAACACCCGGUAUGCAUCAGAACAUAAUAAUUCAAGAAAGCACCAAUUUUCAAGGCUUAGUACAAGGUCGGAAGUUCCACUAGAAGUUGCUACAAAUGGUUCUGUUGGAAGUGCCAGCACUUUAUCGAGGAGGCCAAUGGGUGAUCAGCCAUACCGUUCAUCUUGUUUUCCACUCUGGAGGCGACUGUCGAGGCAUCAUGAGGAACCACCGUUGGUGGAUACCCGAAAUGCUAGGUGCUUAGUAAGGGACGUUAGCCCUAACAAGGAGGAGAUCAUGAGGACACUAGAUCAUGAAAUGGUGGAUAGUAUCUUAUAUUCGCACCCUACUAUGCAAUAUGGACCAACCGAGAAUGAUGUCUUGCCGAGGGGAAGCAAUAUUUCACCUACUCGGAGGAGACCUCCUCCUUCACAUUUCUAUGGAAUGGGCUCACCUCGUCGGUGGCUUUCCCCUGGAACAUCACCUGAAAUGGUUAUGAAUAAACAACAUCCAGCAUUAGUAAGACAUGGAGCACCACCAUCAGUUGACAUGCCCAAUUCGCCUCAUGGACAUCUUUAUUUCCCAGAAGGUAUGAUGGUUGAAACGAAUGCUUUGCCUGCCGACAUGGAUGAAAUGCUUCCUGUUAACGAUCUUGAUCUACCUUGGCCCGGUGGGUUUCUGCAGAGGAACACAAGGAGGUAUGACUUUGGCCCACAUGAAACAGCUGCGGACUAUCUUGGACCUGUUCACUUCUUUGCUGAUCACUUCAUUGACGCAAGAAAUCAUCAUGAUGGGCGUGAUAACCAUGAGCAUACUACUCUUCCUUAUCAUGUCGAUGCUCGCCAUAUUCGCAGCUCGAGGGACUUCGACAGUCAGUCAAGGAACCGACAUGGAAACGCUCGUGACAGAUUAAGAAGCAUCGUAGAGCAGGGUGAAGGUCACAGAUGCCGUGGAGAGCAAGGAUGGCGUGAUGGCGGACUCCACAGUGAGAGGUUGAAAAAGAGAAAACCCUGAGCAAGAGCAUUAUAUAUACACAUGGUGACUGCAUUAUAUACAAGCGUUGAAGGUUCAUCUUCAACCUUAGCCUGUGGAAUGGAGAAACGAGAGACGGGGAUCCAUUUCUGGCUGUAUUGGGGGCGAACCACCCCCUGUUCUGGUUGGAAACUACAUGUUUUGCGGACUGGGAGUGAUAUCCGUUCGAUUUGGUUACAGUGUUGAAGAAGCCUUAUCGUUGACUUUGUGGUUAAAUAGUCUUUUCGGACUUUUGUCCACUUCAAGAGUCGGGAAGAGGAGUUGUUGAAUGUUGGUGAAUAAUGGAGUUGGAAGAUCACAAGUUAAAUUAUUACGAGAUGUCGGUUUAUCCUCCCUAUUAGAUCGUUCCACAAGUUGGACGAGUUAGCAUGACAGAAUCUGCUGCAUCUUAGCAUGACAAAAUUAAUCGACUUGGUAUAAUAAUUUAUUUACUACCUCAA